AUUCUUCUGAUCUUUAUUACUAAAAAUCUGAAAGAUAUUUCAGAAGAUAUUUGUUCAGAGAACUUAGAUGAUUUUGAAGAAACAUUGCAAGCUCUUAAUAUUUUCAAUCUAAUAGAUAUUAAAAAAUUUCUUAAUAUCUCUGAAGAAAAUAUUAUAUAUGAAGUUCUCACAGAUGAUCAAAUUAUUAAUGAACUUGUAUAUCUCUUUAGUAAUACAGAUAAGAACUUUGAUUCAAAAGAAUUAGAUAAUAGCUAA